CCCCCCUCCUCCCCCUCUCCUUCACAAAUGCAAAUUUUGUGAAGGUGCACGUUCGGAAAAUUUCCAAGCUCCUUUUCGCUUCCUUUUCCUCAGCACGUUUAACCGUUAAUAGUGACACUAAGAUAAGGAACUUUGUAAAAAACAAUACUGGGUGAGUCCGAGAGUGCUCGAGAUCUCCGGAAGAAUUCGGCUUCGAUGGCAAUUUGAGCUGCAUCGAUUCUUCCCGAACAGGCAUCCCGGUCCGGUGCAAUUAUUUUUGGUCAUUUCCGAUCUUGGCUUUCUUAUCGAGUUCUUAUUAUUUGGACCGUGGCGAGCCCUUAUAGGCUCUUGCCUUUCUACCACCAUGACCAUCAGCGCGUCCUCACAAUCCCACAUGUCCGCCAACUUCAGUGAAAUCGUCAAGGGACAACUAUUUCUUGGAAAUUUGACUUCUGCGAUGUCUGCUGGGCAACGUAGUAUGCUUGGGAUCACGCAUAUUGUUUCCGUGUGUCCUGAAUAUUCCUCCACGGGCCCCCAUCAUUUGGCCAUUGCUGUGGACGAUUCAGAGUACGAUGAUCUCUUGAUACAUCUUCCCAGAGCAUGCGCGUUCAUUGAGUCUGCCCUUGCCCAGGGCGGCUGCGUCCUUGUGCACUGUGUGAUGGGAAUCUCAAGAAGUACCACCGUUGUCGCCGCGUACCUGAUGAAAACAAGGGGAAUAAAUACCUCCACAGCCUUGAAGUUAAUUAAGAAAGAGCGACCAUGUGCCCAUCCAAAUUAUGGAUUUAUCAAACAGCUGGACGUCUUCGCUGACUGCGCUUAUGCGCCGAGCCCCUCCCACCCCACCUACAUCUCCUGGAAACGGCGUCAGCACCAGAACGUGACCGCCUUCCUCAACCGCAUGAUCGACACAACGCCCAUAAUCCCCGAUCAAGUAUUUCUGAGCAGUGAGUUUCCGACGGACGCGAAGCAAGCAGAGUGGUUGAUUUUAGAGCUUGGUGUCACGCAUGUUUUGUCGCUGGCCCCUGCGACGAUGCCAGACUUGCCGUCGACUGUGGGGCACCGACAUUUCAGUGUCCAUGGCGAGAACCGGGCCGACCUGCUCGUUACCCUUCCUGAUUGUUGUCGCUUCAUUCGCGAUGCUGUCGCUGAUAACGGCGUGGUUCUUGUUCAUUCCAUCAUGGAAUCAAGAGCCUGUAUCGUUGUUGGAGCUUACCUAAUGUAUUUGCGAAACCUAACGCCUAAGCAGGUGUCUUCCUGUAUCCAAGAAGCUCUUCCCCUCUUUUCGCCGUCUCCCAAUUUUACCCGACACUUGGAGCUAUUCGAGUCCUGUAGGUAUGCGCCGUCGCUAGAGCAUCCUCUCGUAGAGGAAUGGACUAGGGGCGAAGUCUCUCGCCCCGGAUUAAAAACUGCUGGCAUCAUGAACAGUCUCAGCGCGUCGGUCCUCAGCGAGACAGCCGUAGAUGUGGACGCUUUCGGAGAAACUCUGACGAACAUUGCGAGCAAGCAGAGAUUGAAGAGCGGUCUUGUGCAUGCGUAAUUUUCCUGUUCGUUUAAUUUGCAUCCCUUAGAUAUCAUCGCCAACACUGCAUCCAUCCCUAGAUUUUUUCUCCCGUUUUUGCUAUGAUACCAUGUCUGUUGUAUAAUAAAUAGUCUUCUCGUCGCAUUGAUUGCGG